GUUAUUUUCAUUUGUAAUGUCAACCUUACGUAGACGAAAACCCGUUUUAAUUGAUGGGAGUGAGACGACAACCACUCCGAUCCUGAAUCACAUAGCGCGUGUAGACUUGUUUCCGAAGCCUAAGGAAGAUUUCAAACGGUCCCAGACCUAUCUUGGAGGAUGCAUUAGUGCGUUUACCUUUGCUGUGAUUCUUCUCCUUGUUUUAUGGGAGGCCUUUUCUUAUAUCACUGGCAGGGAUGCAUAUUUUACCACAUUAACCCUUGAUGACAAUGAAAAUCGCGCCAUGGAGAUACACCUAGACAUUUUGUUUCCAUCUUUGCAGUGCCACCGCAUUAGUGUUGAUAUGCUUGACAUAUCCGGAGUAACACGCUAUAAUAUCGUAAAGAAUCUACAUAAAAUACCUGUUACAUCUAAUGGAAUUUUAGCGUACAGAGGUGAAUUACCAUUUACUAGCGAAGAAGGUAGUCUAAAUUAUGACUACCGGAAUAACCCAGAAUUACCUAAUUCUUGUACACCAUGCUUUCUAGUUGAAGAUCGCUCUAAAGCUAAUAGUAUGGCAAGAAGUAAUAUGGCACUCAAUACGAGCAUGUGCUGUGAAACUUGUGAAGAUGUUCAGAAGGCAUACGAAAAUGCCGGGCUUGAUGCUCCAUCACUCCGGGUAAUACCACAAUGUAUUUCUGAAUUAUCUGCCAAGGAACCUGGCUGUAAUGUUAUAGGAACAUUGAAUAUGAAGAAAAUUCAAGGGAUGCUUGCUUUUGUACCUACACAUUCGAGCUAUAGAUAUAACUUAAACAGUGUUCUAUCUUUUAACUCUUCUCAUAUUAUCAAAAAAUUUGUUAUCGGAGAUAAAAAUGUUCAACGUUUCUCUCGCACAGGCGUUUCGUUCCCACUGAAUGGCCAGCAUUACAAUACUAAGGGUUUCUCUGAAGUAAAGUACUUUCUUAAGGUUAUCCCAACAACCUAUAAUACCAAAGAAAAGCAGAACAGUAAACAAAGGACUUAUGAGUACAGUGUUCAUUGGACUCAUAGGGAGACACCAAUUAGCAGUAGAUCGGUACCCGCGGUUAUUUUUCAAUUUGAUAUUUCUCCGUUCCAGAUUAACAAUUACUUUUUACGUCCCCCAUUCAUACGUUUUACGAUAAAGCUUUGCGGUAUUGCUGGUGGUGUGUUUGUUGUUCUGAGUAUUGUUGAUAGUGUAACUGAUUAUUUUUUCCGAAAGAUUUUUAAAUAUUCUUGA